GAGGGGAGUGGGGGAUGGUGGGAAAGAAGGGGAAAGUAUUCUUCACCUCAGUGGAACUUGCCUCCCUAAUGGUGACUGUAGCUCUAUGGGCAGAAAGCAUCCUUUUAGUAAAGCAGUUAGGAAAGAUGACAGCAUUUGGGGCUCUCAAGGUGAAAAUCACUGUUCUUAGAAAAGUGGGAAGCAGUUUCUUGCUAGGGCAAAUAGCAAAGAAAUCAGAAUACCAGGCAGUAACGCAGUGUGUCCUCCAGACCACGUGUUUUCUGGUUAUCUAGAAGUUUUACUUGAUAGGAGGGGAAAAGAAUUCAGGAGAAGGAAAGCAAAUGGGUUCUUAGGAAAGGAAUCCAGCGCUGCAGUGAAGUGGCAGUCCUUGGGGGCAUAAGGAGGAGAAGGGGACAGAAAAAGGGAAAGGAAACCAAACGUAGAAGGAAACGUGGUCUUCCAUUGAAGAAAGUUGUGAUGUUAUUAGUGGGGAUUUUGGCUCUGACUAGAAGGAAAAAAGAAAUAAGUACACUACUGCAUUAAAUUUGUAGCUAGAUUUAAAAUGUUACGUUUCUGGUGAGAAGCUUUAGCGGCAAGUAGGUAGAAGAUUAGAUUCUUAUUUUCUUUUGUCAGACUUAGAUUACCUUUACAGUUUUAAAAACAGGUUUUGAACAUUGAGUAUUUAUCUGGAAGUACAAUUUUCCUCUGUGUUUAACAGAAUACACUCGAGGAGGUGAGAUGCAUUUUUGCUAAAAUUUUCUGUUUUCACUUCUGGCACCGUUCAGAAUGCUGGUCUGACUGCUGUCCUGAUGAUGGAGAUGCUUGUAAAUAGGCAUGCCUUUACAGUAGUGUAGGGUGAGAGCAGCAAUGGGGGGAGCGUAGAACUGUCUUUUAAUGGAAAUAAGCUUUUUAAAGUUUUAAUAGAUGCCAUACAAAAGUAAGUUGCAGUGCUUAAUGUCUUAUCCAAAUCCUCUUGUCUGCAAAUAAAAUCUGAGGCCGCUGCUUCAAGGGAGUGCGGAGCACUGAAAGUUUAUCUGAAAAUCACUGGGGAGGAAUGCCCGCGGUACUGCAUUAUCAGCAUCCUAACCAGUAUGAAUACUUCAUCAGCACCGAUACAGAAAUACUGGAUGGAGUAGAAGUAUUCACGGUUCUCAUUAUGAUUCUCCUGCUGAAAAUAUUAGCUUCCAGAAAGAAUCUGCGGCCACUUUUGAGGCUGAAUUGAAUUCUUUUGUGUUUAAUGAUCUUAUUUGAAAUAACUAGCUUAGGAACUGUUAGAAAUGGUACAAAAAACCCAACAUCUCCAGUGUUACGUCCUUUUGAAUAGCUUCAGUUGACUGGUGUGCAGCACAGAGGCCUUGUCUAUAAAACACUCCUUACCACUGCCCUGUACUGUUUAAAUUGGUUAUCUUGUGUACCCUUGUUUAUACAUAGGCAGAUACAUUGUUCCCAUCAGUCUCUUCUGAUGCACUGGGAGGAUCCAUUUGUAAUUUUUCAUACGCUCAAACUCAGUUUUAAACAUGACUGUGAGUACCUUUAAAUGUACUGCUUGUGUAAAUACUGAUCUCAAUGGUCUCCAGUGAGUAGACUUAGCAGCUCUGGAAAAUAAAUUAAGUGAAAGACCCUUUAAGGAAGUAAGUGCCGUGUUGCCUAAAUGUGUGUUUCUAUGUUGUCAUGUUAUUUCCUUCUGUAGCUCCCAACUGGUAUGUGGAAACUGAGCGGUGAAUUCACAAGCUAUUUUGGGUAAAGCAGACAAAAGCAGAGAGAUUCCAGUUUGGCUGCUAUUACAGAAAGUUGAAAGUCUCUUUUCAGUUGAUAGAAAAAAUGUGCAUGUUGUGGAGGGGAAAUGUUGCAUGCAAGUUCCUCAGGCCCUCAUGCGAUCUACCAGUAUGCAUUUAAGGAUCCUUUCUGCUCAGUAUCUUGAAUGUUCACUUCCUGUAUUGCAGAUAGGAUAUAUUGGAAAGGAAGUAACUCUUUCCAUGGCGGUUCUUUUUCCUUAAAAGUUGCUGACUGAUCUGACACUUGAUUUCAUUGCCUGGAGUAUGGAACGGGGUGUAAGCUUAGCUCAGUACAAAGCAGUUCACUCAGAAUGUCUAAUUCAGGAAACGACCUGCUUUGAAAGGAUCAGCUUCUUAAAUUGUCACUAAUACAAAUCUUUUACAUGCCAUGGGAACUUAGGUGCUUUUAUGUUCGUUGCUUAAUUAGUUUGUAUCGAGAGUAAAUAAGUUUUGGUUUUUUAUUCUGGUUUCACUGCUGAAUUUGGAACUUUUUACAGAAAAAGCAAAUUAAACCAGUAUGCUUUCUGUAACACCAAAAUAUGAUGCAGUAUUAGAGAGCUUGAGAACAAAGAGAUAAUGUAUGGAUGUGUCAUCCACCAUCCUUUGUAGAUUUAAAUUGUACUCUUUAUAUUAAUUAAGAAAAUAUGUUAGCUUGUACUUUAAACAUUGUUCCUUGUAAGGUUGUUUUAUGCUGACAGCAAAUGGUUAGUUAAAGGCACUGGUUGCUCUGUAGGUGUUUUGAGUUUUGUUCUUUAGCUAUUUAGUUACAGGUUGGUGGCUUUGGUUUAUAACUGCUCUGUGCCAGCAUGUUGUCUCUGUCUUGGAAAAUAGAGCUAAAAUUGAAAGCAGCAAUUGGACAACAGCACAACUUCAUUGAAUUGCCAAGCGAUUGCCCAGCUUAUACAGGAAAUGGAUCCUAAAGCAGCCGCUGUCUGUUCUGUGUUCAGAAGAGGUGGUUGGUAGGAGAUUGGCUUUUCCAAAUCUGAAAUAUUUCCAUUAUUUUUAGUAUAUUCAGUUUAAGAGGCCAAAAGAUGUCAGUUGCUCUUCCUGUUCUGUUUCCCUUCAGUAUUGCAGCAGAUGAUGGUGUUGGCACUGCUCUGCCUCAAGUCAGGUGGAGUGGAGUGGAUUAGGUUAAGCUGUUACAGGUGCGUGCUGCACCUUGCAUAAGGGAAGUGCUCUCUGCUCCCUUCCACUUACUCGUGUGUGGGAAUGAAGAGGCUGCAGGUUGCUGUCAGUGUGCAUUAAGCGUGAUCUGUGCUCUUCGUGCCGUGCUCACUGUGCCGAGCAUGUAGAAUUGUUGGAAGGAAGAAAAUGUAAGGGGAGCAAUCUUCUGAUACUUCCGUGCGCCUUCAGAUCUCUGGCAGCUUGUUGUAGUCAGCUCUCAUGGUAAAGAGAGAAUAGGUGGGCCUUUAGGAUGACUCAUAAAGUGGAGCACACAUGAGAAGGAUAAGAGUACAGGGGCAGGUUGUGCACAGAUAGGAAGUGUUGCAUCUCUGAGGGCAAAGUUCCUUUUAGUAUCUGUGAUCUGAUCUAAGCCUAACAACAGAAACAACAGUGACACAAACAAAAAAGAUGCAACUUCCCAGUGUCUUUGUUUAGUAUUUUGAACUGUCUUAAUUUCGCUCAGAAGCAUAAAUGGAGUCACAGAGUUUAUAACUGACUCGUGGAAGGUCAUGUAGGGACGUUCUGUCAGAUUUGGAAACAGAACCCGAUUGUUUGGAAUCGCAUCAAUGUGCACGAGGGUUUCCCCUCCUCCCUCCCCAUGGCCUCUGUUACACUACAGCACAGCAGUGCAUAUUUCCAUUUACAUGGGGGCAAUGUCCAGAGGGAGUGCAGUACACUGCUUGUGAAAGCAUGCACCUGAACAAUGAAAUUGUCAUUAAAUUCAUUAGCAGCAGUUCCUUUUAAAGACAUUUACAUACCUGUUCUUAUAGGAAUGUUUGACACUAACUUUCAGUCUUGUAAACUUGUGUGCAGUUAUACAGUGCUCACAGUGCAGUCUGUCUCAUUGCUGGUGGCUAUUGCUGUCUUGGCAGGGGCUCUAGAUGAUGUUGCUCUUCUUUCCCUUUGGUGAAAGCAGUCUGUGUUUGACAGCUCUGGUGUCUGAAAUCUUAUUUAUCUGCAGAACAGCAGGGUGGUAGCUGUGCAGACGUUGUCCUUACUGAUGUAGCAAGACAUUCUUGAGGGAUAAGGAGACAUCUUGAUCUGUCUGUGCCUAUGCUCAGCCCUUAAUUAGUAACUUGGAGUCAAAAGGGCCAUCGUGUGGUUUUUAUUUCUUGUUACCCAGUAGGAAGUGACUGGUGGGCCCUCAGUUACUCAGUGCCCAGGCUUGUUUGUAAUUACUGAGCAGGCUGACUGUGAAGUGCAGCUAUCUUUUCCUCUUUAGCAUUAGCAGUACUGUGAAGCUGUUCCUUCCCCCUCACCUGCUCACCCCACAUCUGAGCACCCUGAUGGAGAUGGGUCGGCUUGGUCACAAGAACCCUCCCUCUCCUCCACCCUGAAGUAAAGGGAAGUAACUGCUGAAACUGUGAUAGUAGACACAGCCUCUGCAUGGUUCCUCCCUUUUCCUGAUCUCUCUGGUGAAGCAGCAGCUGCAGGCAGACUGCCUUGUGUGGGUUGUACAGAAAGCCUUCUACAGCUCAAAACUUGCACCAAGCCCUCGUAGGCCGGAAGCAGUGCAGAAUUGGCAUGGUGCGCUUCUGUAAGCGAGGUGGCAUCUGAAGUGCCUUUCCUCCCACCAGCCUGUCGCCAUGCCCUUCUGGUUAUGCUGGAGAGGCUGUGGCAAAUGCUUUAUCUGCUUUAGUGCUGGGUGGUGAAAUAAAGGUUGGCAUGCUUCUUACAGGUGGGUUAUUUGAGAAGUCCAUUUAUUACUGAAAGCAGAACUCUAAACUUCCCCUGGUGUUAGAGGGAAUGCUUUUUUGUUUUUUUUUUCCUUGGGUUAAUAAGAAUCUAUGUGCCACCUCUGCUUGGUACUUAAGCAGUGAGCAACACCAUUGGUAAUGCAAGCUCCUAAUGCUGCUAACAGGAGCCCUGCAGGAAUACUUUCUUGCAGAGAGUAGAUUUCUUACUAAGAUGCAGAUAUUCUAGAAAGGGGGAGGGAAUGGAGACCCAUUUGCUAGAGAAUUUCAACUUUGAAAUGUGAGGGUAGCGUUCUGAAAGUUAACUUGUAAAAUCUAACAAUGUGUGCUAACAUGAGAUGAAACUGGUUGCCAACCUGCUACUUGCCAACUGGCUGAACUGGCAAAAACAAAUUUGUUUUACUCUGAACAAGAUUGACCAUUUACACAGCAAUUUACCUUAACUAGGUCUUAUGUGGAGAUAGCAGGUGUGUUUGUGACGCAGAGCCUUCCCUCCCUCUUCCUUCUUCCCUCUCCAAAAAGCUGCAACCAACCAACUACGCAUUCUUCCUGCAACAGAAGUUAAGGAGCAAGUGUGUGGCUUCCUGUGCAAGAAGGUGCUGAUAGUGUAGCAAUGAAAUAUUGCAGAGCUCGGGGAGAAGAGACUUGGACUUGCAUUCCUAAUUGUAUCAUAACUUCUGAGACAGAUAGGAGUAAAAAAGUGGUGAUGUUACUGCUUUUCUUAAGAAAAGCAUUAGGGUUUCCCGGUACUUGGAUAGAUGCUGAUUUGACGUUUUUAGAAUUGGACAAAAUGUUCUCACAGGGUGGUCUUAAGGCUAUAAAUAGUUUGAGGGGAAAAAAAUGGUUCAUUUACUACUUGAAUCAUAACAAUUCUUAUGUAUCCUUGGAUAAUCCCAGGUAUGUAUGCAGACGUACCAGAACUUCUUGAGAGUAGCCCUGCUGAGAAGGGUUUACGGGUCAUGGUAGAUGAAAAACUUAACAUAAGCCAGCAACGUGUGCUUGCAGCCCAGAAGGUUAACAGUAUCCUGAGUUCCAUCAGAAAAGUGAUGACAGUGGGGUGAAGGAGGUAAUUGGCCCUCUCUACUCUGCCCUUGUGAGACCCUGGCUGGAAUACUGUGUUCAGGUUUGGGGCCCUCAGUACAGAUGUGGGGCUUUUGGAGCAGGUCCAGAGAAUUGCUAUGAAGAUGAUCAGAGGGCUGGAGCACUUCUCCUGUGAAGACAGGCUGAAGGAGCCGGACUUGUUCAGCCUGGAAAAGAGAAGGCUGCCAGGGGACCUCAUUACAGCUUUCCAAUCUUCUAAGAGAGAUUAUAAGCAUAAGGAAAUCAACUUUUUACACAAGUAGAUAGUGAUAGGACAAGGAGAAAUGGUUUUAAACUAAAGGAAGGAAGAUCAAGAUUAAUGUUAGGUGGAAGUUUUUCACUGAGAGAGAUGAGGUACUGGAACAGGCUGCCCAGAGAGGUUAUGGAUGCCCCAUUCCUGGAGGUGUUCAAGGCCAGGUUGGAUGGGGCCCUGGGCAGCCUGCUCUAGGAGCUCAUCUAUCAGUUUGCAACCCUGCCUGUAGCUGGGGAGUUGGAACUUGAUCAUCCUUGAGGUCCCUUCCAACCCAAGUGAUCUUUUUUUACUCUUUUGGCUACUUUUAUGCCAGUGUUUCAUGCUGAGAGUGUCUUUCCUAAGUUUUAUCAGGCAAGUGCUCAAUUUUUUUUGUCUGUUGUUGUUGUUCUCCUCAACUAUUCUUUCACUAGAUGCAUAUCUUCACUUUCCUCCUUUGAUCUCUGUUGUAGUGGGGGAGCCAGCAAAUCUACCAACCAGUAUUUGUCCUGCAGCAGUCAUUGUCAGUUGAGCAUCUUACUUUGAUUUAUUGUAGGAGGCGUACUUCAAAUUAAUACUUAAACUGUGGUUCCAGUGAAGCAAUUCCAUGUUUUCUGGAGCCCAAGAUAAGAAAGUGCCUGGGUAAAACAGACAAGAGAACCGUCCAGGCAGUUGCAUCAGACUACUGCAAUAAUGUCUGUGUAGCUGCAGAUUGCCAUGCCAUGGAUUGUCUUUUCACAUUACUACAGCAAAUACAGUUGUCACUAGUACUUUUAGGGACAUAAUAGCAAGCAACAUUUCUCCUUCCAGGUGCUUCUCCUAGGCUGUGAUUAUAAUCUGAAUGUACUGAUUUUUCUCCACUCAUUGAAGACUCUUGUCAGUUUGCUGCAGGUAUUUUUGUAGGCCUGUUCCUUCACUCUUCUCCUGCUGCCAAAUACUGUGGAUCGUAUUCUUUUUAAUUUUUGCACUUUAUUAUAAUAAAAAUUUAUAUUAUUAUAAUGUUAUGCUGCCAUUGUGGCUUCAGCCUCCAAAACAGAUGGUUUCUUUUGGACUUGUUCUCUACCUUGUUGACUUUCGGUCUCCUUUCAGCUCUCAUCUGAAAACCAUUUCUACCAUGUCUAUUUCUUGUAAUUAAUCUCUCUAUUAUUUAAUUGCAUAUUUUACUGCAUUGCAGUUUAAAUUAUGCAGCUAUUUUUCAUGAUGCCUUUCAGACAGUUUCCAGUGACAUGGGUUUGAAUAGCAGCUCAUCACAUAAAACUGCAGCUACUGAAGGUAUUAUAUACAUUUCUCUUUUAGAUUAUCCUUAAUGGCCCGGAGUUGGGAUUAAGGCCUUUCCUGUGGUCUGUAACCACCUGGGAAUGACAGGAUGAGCAGGGUACAGAGAAACAGAAGGCAGCUCAGGAGAUGCUGUGUGUGCUGAGACUUACGUGUUUCUGUCUACUAGUAAACCUUUUAGGAAGCCUCUUGAAUAUUUGCUGCCAAGUCUUUCAUUGGUAAGAAACCUGUCUUGAUUAGGAAGCUGGUCCUUUAGUUAAUGUGAGACCAAAGGGUGGAAAAGGUUUGAUUAAAACCUUUGUUUGGGGGGCUUUGGAUCUCUUAACAGCGAGGGGAAGGUGGUCAUGUCAGGAGAAAUGGUGUUCUCUUAAUGUACGCCAGUGGAUAUUUACUGGCAAAGCAGAGUUGGACCUUAUCCUGAAGAGUUUUUAUAAAAACGAUUACAGCCUCCAGGGUUCCCCUGUGAGUCCUUGUGGCGGGUGGCUUGGACGAUGCUUCAACCGAGGUCCAGGGAGCACCAGAGUAACAAAUAGACAGAUGAUGGAUUAAUGCACUUACGUUGGCAAAACCCUUGGAGACCUGGCUGGAAACUGAUCAGCUUUUGAUUUGCUGGCUGACUUACAGGACUUCUGAAUCUCUGGGAGGAGCUAUUGUUUCUGUGAUGCAAACUCCUGCCUGAGCUGUAUUAGAUAAAAUAUGUCUGCUUUAGAAGCACUUGGCUCUGAAAGGGCUCUCUUCAAAUACUGUGGGUGUGUUUCCUGCUGCAGCAUACAGUAUGUUCUCUCAGCACUGAAAUUAUCUGGUUGCUGCAGUAAUCCUAAGACUUGCUGGGAGUGAUGCAAGUACAUGCUGUCUUAAAUGGCAAUGGAUUCCUUCUAUCUAAUUUCUGAGAUGUCUUUAACUUUGUGUGCUGGAAAAAUUUGUUCUUGCCAUAGAAGUAAUUGAAGCUUGGGCUCAUACGGUGCUUCUUUGUCACUUGAAAAGUGGGCUGUGUCAUUUCUAGAUGCUUAUUUCAUUCCUUUUUGGCGAUCUGUCCUUUAAACUGAUGGAGAAGAGUAACAAUCAAUGGAAAGCUUUCUAGCAUGCAUUUCCUCUUUGGAAACCUGUGCAUGAACAAGAACUGUAAAAUGAGCUCCUGUCUAUGCAUAUUGACUAUUCAGAGUCUGAGGGAGAUGUUUGUUGUAAUUGUGAGAGGAUUGAAAACUGGGGAGGGUGGCCAAGUACACGUGUAUGUGGUAUCGAGGAGUUGAUCAAAGUAAACUGUUGCUGCUUCUCAGAGAGAAGUUGCUGGUUUGGGUGCUGAAUGUGGAAGUAGGGGGAAGCAGGGUGAUUCGAGCAUGUUGUAGGAAGGGCUUUAAGAGUUGAUAAAGAAUAAUAAAUACCAAAUAGAGGAAUGAUCUGAAGUGCUGUUGAAAAGUGAGUUGAGGGUCAUGAGCAGCUCUGUAAGUUUCUGGUAGGAGUAAAAGCAGAAGAGGAAUCAGGAUGUGUAUGUAACCCCACUGUUGUGUGCCCAUGUUCAGUCACUCCAUUGUGAGUAUGGUAGAAGGACAGCAUUAAAAGCACAUACUGUUACUAAUUGCUUGCUAUCAUCCUCAGACAGCUAGAAGGGUAGCUUUACUUAUUUUCUCCAGAUUGCUGUAAGGGGUUACUGCAGCACUGGUGGGAGUGGGGGAGUAUGAAUUGAAGUAGGUACUUAGUGGCUGUAUAACAUCCUGCUAGGCCUGAGGGAAAUGAGUGCGGGGAAGGCUGUGAGUCAUGCUUGUCAGUCUCUUAAAGCAGGAGGCUUUUUAAAAUUGGCCUUGGAGGGGAAGAGGUGUUUAAUGGAGCAGUUAUGAAGGAGUUAUGCAAAUAGAGAACAUAAAUAAUGAGCAAAAGAUACUCAGUUCUUUGCCUCCUCAGAAAAUGAAUAAAUGCCAACCAACCACUGCAAAAGUUGAGCAAAAUGCAUAGUUGUUGAGUGUAAUUAAUACAGAACUCCGGCCAUUCGCUCUAAGAAAAUUCUCCUUUUGUGAUUAGGAAAACAAAUUUUUGUAGCCAUUGAACAGAAAAAUGUUUUUUCAAUUUCCUUUUAAAAAAUGACAAAUUUAGAAACUGAAAGUCAGCUUUUCUUAUAACACCUGGUUGGGAAUAGAGGUGGUACAAAGAUUAGCUUUGCUGUAGGUGUCUCUUAGCUUUGCUUUGGAUGUAUCUUCAGUGCUUAGGCCUGUAUACUUACAAGCCUUUCCUCUUCCAUCCUCUUAUAUAUGCAGGAUUUCAUUUGCAUGUAAAUACGAAAUUCUUUGAAAUUGAAAGCACGUCUAUGGGGCAUAACUCUUUUUUGCUAUUGAUACAGCCACUGCUUUUUUUUUUUUUUACAUUAAUCGGUUUCAAACAGGAUCAUGGAAUUGGAAUAUCCUGAGUUGGAAGGGACCCACAAAGGUCAUUGAGUCCAAAUCUCAUCUCUACACGGGGCCACUCAAAUUCCAAACACACUUUCUGGAAGCGGUGUCCUUGAACUCCGGCACUCGGGGCUGUGCCCACUGUCCUGGGCAGGCUGUUCCAGGGCCUGAACACCCUCUGGUGCAGAACCAUUCCCUGACCCCCAGCUGCCCCUCCCCUGACACAGCUCCAUGCCGUUCCUUUAGGCCCUGUUGCUGUCACACAGAGUACUGUCACUCAGUACUGUCCCUCGGCUCCCUGUGAGGAGCUGCAGCUGCCAUGAGGCCUCCCCUCCGCUCCUCUGCUCUGGGCUGAGCACACCCAGGCACCUCAGCUGCUCCUCCCACAUCUUGUCCUUCCGACCAUCUUUAAGCUGGCCUGGGAUGUAAAGCUAGGUCAGCCUGGAAUGCAAAUAUUCACAAAAAGAACACAAAAAAAGAGCACUGGGGGACAGUGGCAACUUAUGUGUGGCACAGAAAGGAUUGUAAGGUAGCUCAGCACAUCAGACUUUGGUAGACUGUUCUAUUCUGUAGCAUUGCUGGACUCAACAACCACCCCUAAUCCAUCUGUGAAGAGCAGGUCUGAGUUUAUACUCAAGAUCGCUCUUGUCCGCCUUUUUUCCAGGCAUCCUGUAAAUGUUCUCCUUCAGAUACUGCGCCAGCACAAUUCCCCCCGCCGUACAUAUGUAUAUCUCCUUAAUUAUUUUAUAUAUAUAUACGUAUUUCCUAUUGAACAACUUGCUUUCUGUCUUCUGUUGGCUUCUCUAAGUUUUACAUGUUGCUGUGUUCGGGGAUGGCUAUGUUUGUUUUUGCAACUUACUGGCCUAUUCACUUCUUUCUUUGCAAAGAAGUGGUGCAUUGUUUACCCCCCAUUCCUCUCUCUCUCUUUGCUCUUCUCUGUUUUCCUGAACCAUCUGUUGUGUGUUGGUUUUUUUUUUUUUUUUGAUGAGCUGAAUUCCUACUUGCUGCAAGUGAAACAACUCCGUGCUGAAAUAAGCUGAAGUAUGUAAGGUUUCUGAAUGCUGUUGCUAACCUUAGGCUCAAAUUUUAAUGUUAGGAGAAGUGUAUGGCAAACACAUAUACAGAUAUUGGACCAGAGAGAUUAUCGCGUUACAAAGGAGAAAUGAAAUAAAGAUCUUACCUGUGUCCUGGGCUCACAAAAGGGCUCCAAGAGGAAGGAUCUCCACUUCCUCCUUGGGAGUCAGCCCUUAAAUGGGGAUUAGGAUCUUUUUUUUUCUUUUCCUGAACCUCCAAAAUGUAUUGAAUAUCUUGGUUUUAGGCCUGCUUCUAAAUAUCUCUUCGAUAAGCAGUCCAUUGGGAAGUGAAGGUAGGUGCUGGAAUAUAUGAAGACAUCUAUAGGCCACAAAAUAAAGUGAAUCUUGAUCAUGGGUAGAGAUAUAAAUGUUCUAUUUUUUUUCAGGCUGAAAAAUACUUAAAUGAGCAUGGAAUACUACAAAGUAUUCAAAGAGAAUUUCACUCUAAUGGUCACUGCUUUCUUGUUUUAAAAAUACUGUGAUGGUUGGGAACCGGUUUAGCAGCAGCUGCCCAUGUUUUAGUUAUGGAGGUGGUGUGUUAACAGUGACUCUUCAGCAUACCAGUUCUCUCUGAAUUAGGGGGACUUUUGCAGUCACUAUGUGAAGGCCUGAGUAGUCCUUAGCUCGGCGUUUCAGUGUGUUGAGAUUCUUCCUGGAGCUGACCAGGGCAGAGUGUAGCUGAGAGCCUGCUUGCUUUUGCUGCCCACUCUUCUGCAGAUGCUGGCAUUUGGUUUGUAGCUCUUUCUCAAACAGCUCUUGGGGCUGCCCUGUUGUAUGGGUUCAGAGUGUUGUUGACAUAAUCUGUGAUACCUGAACUGAGUGAGGUGACGCUGUUAUUUGAUCCUUUAUGCUAAAUCUUGUUGUCCUAACCUUGCUUGCUCAAUGCAGUCUGGUUUGCUUCCAGGCCUGCCUGGAAGGGAGGAGGUCUAGGGAGUGAUGAUCUGGAAAGAAAAGGCAGUCUUGCAGGUUCUCUUGCAGAAGCUCACUGAGUUUCAGCACAUAGCUUGUCUUCAGGUAUAGAUUAAACUUGUCUUUGGGUGUAGAUUGAUUGAAAUAUCCUAGGCUUAUUCCUCUGGAUUAUCAAAAACUAAAGAAAAAAAAUUGACUACCUGAGCGCCCACCGUUACUUGAAAGUGUACUGAAUGAGGUAAAUCGCUGUUAUUUUUAAAAGCAACUUUUCCUGCAGUAUGAACUAAAGAAGUUUGCCCCAAGGCCAGUGCUGUGAACUGGCACCACAUUCCAAGGCUUGCAUGACUUAAGUCCGCACAGCUCAGAUUGUUCUUUCCAUUUAGAUUCCGUGUUGAUGCUGCUGUUAUUACAAGCGUGAUGUUAAGGUAACUAAUAAAUACUGAAGUGUCUCCCUCCUAUUCCUACAAUAAUAAUAAUAAUAAUUGCAUCUGGAAUAUCUGUAGUUUCCUCUGGGUUUCUGGCUUGUUGGUGAGCCUGACCUUGCUAGAUGAGCUAAAACUUGUGGGUGGAUGCUGGCACUUAAGCAAAAUAAACAGCCAUUUUAAUUUCAAGCCCCAUUACAACCAGAAAACAGAAGAUCAAUGUUUGAGAGACAGUCUAUAAGGAAACAAAUGGAACAUGAGUUCUUUAAUUCCCUAUUAUCUGUUGCCUAGCAUACUAGAAUAAUCAUUUGCCCCAUAGUCUUGGGUAGCUUCCUUAGCCUUAAAGAGGAAAAGAUCUCUUUGGAAGCACCGUGGGCUUUUCUUCCAGGCUUAUGGUGGCAUUAGGUGGUUGGAGCUGUGGCUCAUGGAUGUCUGUCAGGUCCAGCUUGGUUAGCUCCAAAGGGAUUAGUGUGUGCAACAAUGUGAUAUCAUAAGGCAGGUCAUAGGCAUUGCAAGGAUGUUGGGAGCAUAAUCUUGAAGCAACUGUAAGCGCUAAUGCUUUACAGGAAUGGAAGUGUAGUGCUUUACAGGAAUGGAAGAUGUGGUUUCUGCCCUUGGAGCCUGCGUGGUCUGUAUCAUGUAAAACAAGAAGAUAAGACACAGUAGACCAAAUUUAUUAAGUUUGCUGCACAUGCGAUCUCAAAACAUUACUGAGUGCUCAAGGGUUGUGUGGAAGUGGCACAUGGGCAUGCUUACUUCUGUCACUUUGGUUCACUGUUGCAUGCUGGUUUCAUUGUAUACACAGACGCUAACAACUAAAAUAUUAACAAUACGCUUUGCCAGCAUGUAUGUUUACUAUGACAUCCCUAUUGGAUUUGGCAGGAGAACUGAAAACUGCUUUAAACACUAUAAAGAUUUUUCUUUCCUCUUUUUUUAAAUAAGAGGAGUAGUUUAGUCCACAGCCGACAUGAACAGUAUUUCUCCAUUGGGCAGAGAACGCUGCUGACAGAGCAGCUGGCACAUAUCUUCCCAGGCUCCAUCUGUCAGAGUCGGCAUGGCUUUGUAAAUCGCUCUCCCAUUGGAUAGUUUAGUUUCUUGCUAUAAUGUUCAUAGCCUGGAUUAAAAUGGAAUUUCUAAGUUGAUUUUUUUUAUGAAGUUAUUUACUGUAGAAUAGUAGAUUUUUUUUUAGCUUGUUUUCUUUUUGUAGCCUAUUUCUGCCCUUAUUUACAGACCUAUUAAAGUCUGUGGCAGAGUAUCGUGAAUGCCACAUCUUGUGGACUUUUUCUUUAAAGUAAAAUCACAGAUGACAGUAAGGCAGUUAUUGGAAGCUUAAUCUCAAAGACCCCGUUCUGUGCCUACUGCACAGGUCAGAAUGGGCUGGAAUCUGAUAAUGUGUCUGUGUACCCGAGAGAAGGAAACAGGUUUUUUUUUCAAUGUUGAUGUACAUAUUGUAAUCUUCACAUAUAUUCACAUGUUUUUGUUAUCAAGACUCAAAAGCUUGGACUGCUGUGGUGUGUACAUAUGUGUAUGUCUAAUAUAUGUGUACCCCUUAGACUCUCUCCUUUGGAAAGGACGUCUCUCCUUAAUGAAAAAAUCGUUCUCUCUGUCUUCCACAGAAUGAUAAUGAUUUGAAAAAUUGAGUCUCUUCUUUUUACAGUUAAUCAAGUGAAUGAAGAGCAACUUUCAACUAACAGAAGAUCUGCAAGGACUAAGGCAGAUUGGCUAAAUUGGUCUCGGUCCAUAGAAAUGCUAAUUUGCCAUCAAGACUAUUCAGGACAGGUCAGGGGAAUAUUAUUGAUGGAAAUGAAGGAUUUGUUUCUAGCUGAUUGUCCAGCAUACAGAGGAUUUGGGGGAAGGGCUUGUCUGAAACAGCUUGUGAGCUGUAGACAGCGAUUGGUAAGCAGUCCUGUGCGUAUGUCACACUGCAAUAAUUUGAUAUGUGUCUCUCUCUUUAGCUGACUAAUCGAUGAUUUUUGUCAAGGUAGUACUUCUAAAAAGAACAGACUGAAAUCCUGCUUGUGCGUUCGUUGCUGGUGGGGGUGAUCACCUCAUUGUCUGGUGCCUUGAAUGAGUGCCAGCUUUGUUGUGCAAGGUGUUUACCUGGGGAGGAGAGAUUCAAGUUCUACCAGUUCCUCUGUGUUUGGGAUAGCUGAGUUACUGCAUCUUAUCCUGGAGAAACUUAGGCUAAGUACUAUAUAAUACCACUGGGGCUUUUUUUUGUUGGUGCUGGAGGUAAGUUGAGAGGAUUUGAAUUGAUGUUGUUACUCUGACUGUCUUUAUGGAGGGGUUUCUGCCUCAGUAGUUACGAAGAAUAAUUUCUUACUGUGUGGACUUGAAAGCAUUUCACCAUCCUGGUUUUAAUUUUGGGGUUACUGUAGUGUGAGGUAUCUUAGGUUUAAGAACAGAUCUGAAUGGUUAAGCAUGCUUCUGUGCCUCCUUCACGCUCCUGAAACAGCCAGUUAUUUCAGUGGCUAAGAGCUCCCAUGCUCCUGCUUGAUGCUGCUCCACGCUGUGCAGGGGGAGGUGUGCUGCAUAGUCUGUUUCUUUCUGGCUUUCACUGUCAGUGCAAGGAACGACUGCCAGUCCCCUGGAGAGGCCUUGGAUGGGAGAUGGGCACGGUCACUGGCUGCAGCGUGUUGCUAUUAAUAGCUCACAAGCUAUUGGGAUCUAAAGUCCCGAGUUUUCAAUACCUCACAGAAGUUCAGAAACAGUAGUAAAGUACAACAAAAUGGCAAGCUAUGAUAAGUGACUUUAGUAAAGCGCUUUAAUAUUUUUCUACUGCCUGUAGUGCAUUAACAGUUUCAAAGUAAAACUAGUACUGCUGUUUGCAUUGUGGGUUGUUAAUUGAGAUUCACCUGUGCUCUGGAGCAUGUGUGGUUUUGCCUUUAGUUCCCCUUUGUGUGGAGAUUAGGCGUGCUGUGUUGUUUGCAGACUGCUUGUACUGCCCUAUCCUGCUCCCUGUCCUCUCGUAAAUGUGUUCUUUUAAAAUUUCCCACAAUUGUUUACUGAUGAUAGCAACGAUAUGAAGAGCAAAAUAGGUGGUUCCAGUAAGAGGAAUACUGAAGAUGGCUGCUUUGGGGGUGAUUCUGUUGAAGACAGACAGCAGAUGAAGUGUGCUGGUGACCCUCUGAAGUCUUAAUUGUGGUGUUCUGGGAUGUCUUGUGCCAAUGUGUUGAGCAAAGCUUAAAUUUCUGAACCAUGUCUCCUGAUGACUUGCUUCAUUUUCUGAUGAAGAACAGUCUAACGUUUAGGCAGGCAAACGCUGGGCCUAGUUGUACUAGGAUUUGUGGAUGCUGAGAAAUAGUGUGUUGUCCCAUUGAAGUAACCUCAGACUACUGUAUUGGAGAGAGAAUUUCUUCAGUGCGAUUGCUGCAUGGCAUGAGCAUGGUAAGCCUGUUCUAGGAGGCACUUGACACACCCAGUUCCUACUCUGUUCCUUCUCUGGACAGUAUAUGUCAGGAGUGUAAGCGCCUCUCAUUUGUAAACUUUAAGGCCCUAGUCUCUGCUGCUGCUCUGGAAUGAUGUGUGUCCCUGAAGACUGUACCUGUGAUGAGAGAAACCCUGAAUGCUCCCUGGUGAGCACCUGCUAGUAAUAACCACAGUGAGUUCAGAUCUCCUCGGGUGGCUUCUGGGUAAGUAGUUGGUUACUGAAAGUUCUUUGGGGUAUCUAAACUUGUGACAUCUGCAGCUGUGACUUACCUGUUAGAAUUUCUUCUCUUGCUGAUGUAGUUAGCUGUCAGUAACAACCUUACAAAGUCCACCGUAAUGCAGCCUAUUAGAAUGGUUUGUUAACAACCUCCCAGAGCUGUGGAUAAGAGGGAACCUGUAUUCGUGGACCACCUCCUUAUUUCUGCAGGAAGCACCUCAGUUAUUUAUGACCUCUGGAUUAACUGUCCAUAAUAGUCAAUUUAAACUAGGCUUCUGGCUCAGAGUAGAUAAUGUUUAUCUACUGCACGUGGCAUAUUGAAACCUUUGAGACACAUUACUGCAGCUUGAAUGCAGAAUAUUUGCUCUAAGCUGCACAUAUGUUGAAUGGUUUAGAAACAUGCAGACCUUUUGCUGAUAGCAGUCAGAAGUUUGGGGGGGAAAAAAAAGCCCUUAAGACUGUAGCUCAGCUUUGGGUCAUUAAAGGCUUUGUUAGAUCAGUGAAGUGGCAACAUCAAGCCCGUAGAUGCUUCUGGAAGAUCUGGGUAACAUUACAAGCUCUUGUUUUAGGUAGGUUUAUAAGUAAUGCUGUCUUCUGGGUGGGGAAGCCACUUUUCGGAAAUAUUUGGGGAGGUUAAGUAUGAUAACAAGGAGUCUUCAAGUCAGUGCCCGGAUACAUGUUUUCACCAUUCUGUAAGCAUGUUUCUAGAAGACAGCAAAAAUGACAUGCUGUAGGUUAUAGCUAACUUAAGCUAAAAGUCUUGGCUGUUUGUUUUUAUUAAAAGUUCAUUCUAGGCUUUGUCAAGAUCAAAACAGCUAACGUGGUAAGACCUUUGUGUGAGAGUCAGAAUUUUGAAACCAAUCAUAGGAUCUCAUAGCAUUAGGAGGAAGUUUACACUCUGUAAACUUGAAAGAUAGAUAAAUGACAACAUGAACAAAAGAGAAUGUAAAUGGGUUUAUUGAUGAUCACUGAAUGGUGUAGUUUUAUUCUGUGAAUGCUGAUAUGUGAUAGAGACUGCUAAAUCCUCAUGGCAACUGAUUAUAGUAAUCCUAAUUUUCUCUUUAAUCGGUUGAUGAAAGGUAGGAGAUGCUUCUUAAAUGAAGACAGCCAAGAUGCAAAACUGAGCAAUUAUUCCAUGCUUGCUUUGAAGCAAAAGUAAAUGUACUGCAGCACUGAAUUCAUUAAAGGCAUCCUGAGCAAUAACAGCGAAGGCAUAUAAAAGUGACUGCAGAUCUGUUCCUCUAGGUUGGUUCCAGAGUGAUCAGGCCCUUGAACAGAAUGCCAACAUCUGAAAGGUGUCAGAUGCUGAAUAAUUAACAACUCUGUUUAGCUUAGUGGCUAUUGGGCAGGUUUAGGGCAGUGCUCUAUUAGUAGUUUAUCAUGGGUGAAUUUUUUUUAUAAUUGAGGUUGCACAUAGUCCAGCCAUUUGAGAUGAAAAAUGUGAGCAUACGCUGCAUGCUCAGGAGGCAAACUAAUUCGUUCCUGGCAGGGCAGCUUGUCGCAGUGUGUGACCUGAUGAGCUGCUUUCUGACCUUUGUCAAAUGGAGCCUGGUCGUUGCUUUCUUACAGGGAAUUUCAAGCAGAGAAAAUAGGAUGGAAGUGGAGAAAAGGGAAGGCAGGCUGGAGAAAAGGCUCCAGAUAAAAGGAAAGCAUUAGAAGAGACCAAAGCCUACACAACUCAGUCUCUAGCCAGUGUUGCUUAUCAGAUCAAUGCACUGGCCAACAAUGUACUACAGCUGCUGGACAUCCAGGCAUCCCAGCUGCGGAGGAUGGAGUCCUCCAUCAACCAUAUCUCCCAGACUGUGGACAUCCAUAAAGAAAAGGUUGCUCGCAGAGAGAUAGGCAUUUUGACGACCAAUAAGAACACAUCAAGAACUCACAAAAUUAUAGCGCCAGCGAACAUGGAGCGUCCUGUAAGGUAUAUUCGAAAACCUAUAGACUACACGGUGCUGGAUGAUGUUGGCCAUGGCGUAAAGUGGCUAAAAGCCAAGCAUGGAAAUAACCAGCCUGCAAGAACUGGCACCUUGUCAAGAACAAAUCCGCCUACACAAAAACCACCAAGUCCUCCCAUGUCAGGCCGGGGAACUCUGGGGCGAAAUACUCCUUACAAAACCCUGGAGCCAGUCAAACCACCAACGGUCCCUAAUGAUUACAUGACCAGUCCUGCCAGACUGGGCAGCCAGCACAGCCCGGGGAGAACAGCUUCCUUGAACCAGAGACCAAGAACACACAGCGGUAGUAGUGGAGGAAGUGGCAGUCGAGAGAAUAGCGGCAGCAGCAGUAUUGGCAUUCCCAUUGCCGUGCCUACACCUUCACCGCCAACCAUUGGGCCAGCACACAUUUCUGUUCCUCCUCCUCCUGGAGCCCCGCCAGCACCACCACUGCCACCACCUCUCCCGAUGGGCAGUCUGAUAGCUGCUCCGGGUUCAGCUCCUGGUUCCCAGUAUGGCACAAUGACCAGGCAAAUCUCGCGACACAACUCUACCACUUCUUCAGCAUCUUCUGGUGCAUACAGACGGAAUCCUUCUGUGACUGCCCCAUUUUCUGCUCAACCUCAUGUUAAUGGCGGGCCUCUUUAUUCUCAAAAUUCAAUUUCUAUUGCUCCACCCCCUCCCCCUAUGCCUCAGUUGACUCCACAGAUACCUCUCACAGGCUUCGUGGCCAGGGUGCAGGAAAACAUUGCUGAUAGCCCGACUCCUCCCCCCCCGCCGCCCCCCGACGAGAUGCCAAUGUUCGAUGACUCCCCCCCACCUCCACCCCCACCCCCCGUGGACUACGAGGACGAGGAGGCUGCUGUUGUGCAGUACAGUGAUCCCUAUGCGGAUGGAGAUCCUGCCUGGGCACCGAAGAACUACAUAGAGAAAGUUGUUGCUAUAUAUGACUAUACAAAGGACAAAGACGACGAGCUGUCGUUUAUGGAGGGUGCAAUCAUUUAUGUGAUAAAGAAGAACGACGACGGCUGGUAUGAAGGAGUUUGCAAUCGAGUAACCGGCUUGUUUCCUGGGAAUUAUGUGGAAUCAAUCAUGCACUAUGCCGAUUAAAUUCCUUUGCUUUUACAAGUUGGGUCUUGUACUCGGUCAUACCAUGAUUAUUUACAAGGGGUAACUAAAAGCUAACAGAAUUGUCUUAAUAUACUUUCAAAACAUGUGCCCAUUUCUUCAGGCCAUACUGUUUUAAUGGUAUGAUUGAAUGUCCAUCUCUCUGAGUCUCUGGGGGCAGUAUGUCUUACCUGAUGGCAAUUUGUAAAACAAGCAACUGUCUAUAACUGGUUAUACUUAUUUACUUACGCAUUGUUAAUUUUAUGACCAGCCUAAAUAUUCUGGGGAAGUAGGGUAUAAUAUUUAAUGAACCAUGAUUCAGAUUGUGCCAUUACAUUUUUCAGUACAGCAUGGUAACUAACACUACGUUAGACUAACAUAUUAAAAUCUGGAUGAGAAGUUUAAUGUUAGUGCUGGUCAUGUUACUUUUUGUUUAGACUCUUUGCUCAUUCUUGAACUAUAUUUGUUUAAAGCAUGCAUACAAACUUAUGUAUUGAAAUAUACUUUUUUAAAAAUCCAAGAUGCUUCCAAUUGUUGUAAUCUUUACCUGGAGUAUUCUCACUAAAGUCUAUUACAAUGAGUUGUUUGGGUCUAAGGUGUCCAUGUGAAUCAAAAAAUGGGUGGUCUUAUGUAUGUGUAAUUUGUACCCAAGUUUUUUUAAUAAGUAAAUUUACAUUAUGACUUUUUCCAUUCAUAAAUAUAUAAGUGAACCAAAGGUCUUGUCCAUUACUUUGUUGGUUGGCUUGACAAAGAAGUUUGGAAUGCUAACGUAGCAAAAUCAUGGCUGUGUUAUCCCAGGCAAUGUACUAAAAAGCAAAUGUUUGUAACAUGACUUUAUCACUGACAGAGGGCAAAUAAAUUAGAUAUGAAACCUGAA